GCCACAGCAAGUACAUCCUGUCUCCUCUCAAGCAAAACAAGAUAUAGAAGCCAUGAAAGAUCCUAACACCAGCACCAUGUCCUUCAAGCAGGCCUUCCUCAAGAACCUCCUCCUCGGACUGCAGCUCCAGGCACACACGUGCACAUCCUUCGGUAACGGCGCCAUGAGCCUCCACGAGAGGAAGCGCGCCGUCAAGUCCUCCGUGGACGUCGCCAUGGCGGCUGCGCAUGGAGGCGGAGCGAGGUGGCCCAAGGCCAUCUUGGCACCGGCGUCCAGCGCGUGCAAGGUGCAGAGGUGUAGGAGGACCGUGAGGAGGUGCUGCCGCCAUAAGAGGUGCUCGGGGAGAUCAGGCCGCACCGGUGGUGGCGACACUCCGGGGAGGCUGGUGAGCAGCAGGACCAUGGCACUGAGGGAGGUGAUACCGGGAGGCCGGAACUCCACCGUCGACGAGGCCACUCUGUUACGCGAGGCCAUGGACUACGCCAUGCACCUGCGCGCUCAGGUCGACGUGCUCCGCUGGCUCUCGGAAACCGUGCAAACAUCUAGCUCCAGUGACUCUAACCGUGCACUGCCAAAGGAGGCAUGAUUAAGGUACCAGGUGGUGGCUUGUCAAUGCUUCUGCGAACAGAAGGACAAGCUACGCACAACAUAUUGCCCCUUGUGAAAAGCGGUGAAAAAUAUCAGGAUUUUAUCUUGCUCUUGCGGAAGUUCCUAUCAGUGUAGAGUGCUUGCGAGCAGCAGACUACACUCUUUGUUGAUCAGCAGAGAGAAAAAGCUGCCCGGAAUUAUGUAUUUACUGUAGCAAAACUUUGUGGUGUCCGUUGCAAAUGAAGAUAUUAGAGUGUGUGAAAAGUUACUUA